CGAGGAGAGGACGACGAGAGGCCGAGGAGUACGACGAGGACGAGGAGAGGACGAGGACGAGGAUGAGGACGAGGCCCAGGUCCAGGUCCAGGCCCAGGGCCUGGACGAGGACGAGGACGUUGACUUGGGCGCGAUGACACCGUUGGAGCCGACUUCCUCAGCUUCGAGGAAGCCCUACCAGCGCGGGGUCACGCGCCUCCCUACCUCGGCGCCUGCGGCACACUCACGUGGGACGAUUCGACCCGUGGGUGAUAAGUUUCAGAUUGUGAGUGCGGGCAAAUUCCGCUACCCUAGUUCUAUCCAGGGCCUCCUCAUUAAGAAGCACUACCCUGGUUUCGUCACCCACAAAGGGAGACGUGAGCCAGCCUUCACGUGGGACGACUUCUACAGCGCGUUGGACGAGAACGAUGUUCUCAUCGCACAGGUCAUCAAGGACGAGUUCUGAGAGUGGUACGUGAUAGAGGACGGCGCCCCCGUGGACAGGGUUGCGUAUGCGCAGGAGGAGACCUGCAAAGACCGGGUCAAGGACAUGUACCACGAGGCGCGCAUCCAGUGUGUCGUCACCUACAACGCCGACGUCCUUGGCCGGUCGGUGGGCAAGAGCCAGGCUAGGGAGAUGAUCCUGGAUCCCGACACCGAUCUCACCAGGGAGCAGUACAUACAGUUUCCUGCUGAAUGGUGCAAGGGCCAUCUUGACUGUUGGGAGGCCAUUGUAGACUGGUGGAGAAGGCUGGAGGCGUACGCCGAGCGGAAAGCCAGACGGGCGUACCGCCUGCAGAUGCCAGGACCGGCCCACCACCAAGGGAGCCGCUCCCUCCCAGGGUACAUGGACACAUAGUCCCAGUCGCAUGGUGGCAUAGUCAUCAACGAGUACGUGGGGUACGCCCUUGCACACAAGGGCCGAGCGGACGAUCCAAACAACGUCUACAGCCCCGCGGACGAGGCCGAGGCGUACACCAACCCGAACGCCUACGAGAAGAUGGCCGAGUACACCUCACAUGCUCGCGCGCGCCACGGGGACGACUUCGAUCCCGCCACUGAGCCCCUCGACACAGAGAUCCUGAUGAGGGCUGGAGGAGGGAAGCAGCACGGGCGGUACUAUAUGGCCCACAGCGCCAUCGACCUGACCACUGUGCCCACGCUCUGCCAGGUGCGACAGGCGAGCAGCACAACCUCCUCCGACGUCCCCAUACGAGCUCGGCAGCCGUCUUUCCAGUCCCAGUUGGCCGAGUUGCGGGCCAGGCAGGAGUCCGCGGAGGAGGCCCAUCGGCAGGAGAUAGCGCGCCAGAACGAGGCCCAUCGGCAGGAGCUGGCGCGCCAGUUCGAGGCGUUUCAACAACACCAGCAGCGUCAGAUGCAGGACUUCGCCAACUACUUCACCUCCCUUCAGAUCUCUGGUGUAGUCCCGCCUCCGCUGCCUGCAUCGCUGUUCGCUCCACUCCCUCUUCCUGGCACUGUAGUACAGUCUCCAGCACAGUCGCACGGAUCGAACCUGACUCCUCAAGACGGCGCUUCUCCAGGCCAUGGGUGUCAGGUCCAGCAGACUCCACAGCAGACGUGGCCUGGCGCUCCUCGGCCUCAGACGUACGGGUGGGGUCCGUGGUCAGCUGGCGCUCCUCCGCCUCAGACACACGGGUGGUCGCCGUUGUCAGGUGGCGCGCCUCAGCACCCAGCAAGUUGGCCGCAGCAGGGGUGGCCAGGUGAGGGCUCUUCCCAGGGACACGGGGAUGCCGGGUCGCAGCCGGACCAGUGAUAUGGACAUGUUAUGCUUGUGAUGGAUAUGUUAGGCGGAUUUGAUCACUUUGUGUAUGCGGAUCUGUGACAGGAUGAAUACCAACUAUUCUGUAUGUGGAUUUGUGACCAUUGAUGGAUGCAUGUGUCGAUUUGUGACUAUAUAUGUUAUGCAGGUUCUAUUACAUA